AUGGACAAUAACUCCGUUGCAGUCAAUGGUGCAAUUUCUACAGUAGCCACGGAUACACCAAAGGAUGAGGGGAGCGACAUUUAUAAUACACCGUUAAACGUGGGGCCGUCUCUUCAACCGGAGAAUGCAGUCCCUUCGAACAACGAAACCAUCGCCACAGAAGGAUCUGGGAGGCCGCGCAUUAUGAUCCCAGGUCUUACGCUACUCAGUGAAGAAGACCACCGGAAUAGUAGUAAUCAACCGCUUGAAAGUGUGUCUAAACCGUCACCGAACACGGCCGGGCAGGUACCCGAGACUACCGAUAGGGUAGAUACGGUCAUGUCUGGGGAUGGAAUAGAGGUUCCCAAUGAGAACAUUACCGAAUCUGUUGGUAACCCUAAUGCUAAAGAGAGGACGGAUGCCAUACCUGAUGCUUCUCUAUCCGCAGAAGCUGAAAUCGCUGCGCUUGCGGCCGAAAUGAUAGAGGGAAUACCCCCAGCUACUGAAGGAGAGCAACAACCUGACGGAGGCGAUCAUCCCGAGUGGGAGGUUGACUCGUCUCCGUAUGAGUCUUCUUCUGAGUCUUCGACUGAUUCUGACUCAAGUGACUCUGACGAGGAUGAUGAUGAUGACUAUGAACUUUUGGGUCCUGAAGAGCAGGCUCGUUUGUUGAUGGCUGCAGAGGGCGGAUCGGACGAUGAAGGAGGGGACAGUGGUAGGGCGGUGAUAACCGAAGUCAGAACGGCGAACGAGAAGCCAGAUGAGAUGGUAUCAAUGCCAGACAUCACUAUCACUCCUGAAAUGAAGGUUGAGAUGCUAGGAAAUGUCGAGAGUAUUGUGGAUAAUGUUGUGCUGGUGCGAGCAAAUAUAUCUGGCGAAUAUCAGGUCCUAGAAACAGGCUCAGUUUUAUGCUCCGUCAACCUGAAGGUAAUCGGGGUGGUAUCGGAAACACUCGGCCGGGUUCAGCAACCUCUAUAUACCGUUCGAUUCCCAAAUGCAGAAGCUGUUAAAGAAGCUGGGUUAGAGAAAGAAACCCCUGUCUUUUAUGUUGUUGACCAUUCAACCUUUGUGUUCACACAGCCACUCAGGGGUCUAAAGGGAAGUGAUGCUUCAAACUUACAUGAUGAGGAAGUGGGAGAUGAUCAGAUAGAGUUCUCAGACGAUGAGGCCGAAGCUGAGUAUAAGAGGCAGCUCAAGCUGAAGCGUCAAGGAAAACGUGAAGGGAAAGCUGAACGCGGAGGAGGCAAUCGAGGGAAAGGGCCAUCCCAUCCACCUUCAAAUCUACGACAUUCGGAGCUCAACUAUGAUGACAAUGGUAUCAGCAACGAUAAUGACGCUGAAAAUGGUUGGUAUAGACGUCUUGCACGGCCGCAAGGUCUGCAUGAGAUGAUGGGUGGUGAAGCACCUGUGGAAAUGCCACAUACUCCGGACAAAUAUGGUGAAAGAUCGUUCCGCGGCGGUAGAGGCCGAGGCCGCGGAAGGAGCCACGACCGAGGCAGUAGAGGACGUGGGGGCAGGGGUGAUCGGACGUGGUAA